UGAUAACGGAGAAAUCCCACUUUGAGUGUAUAAAUUGAUCUGCAUGUGAUGCUUAUGGUACAAUCCAUUUGUCGUCUUCAUCGAACAUACAUCACAAUGGCGAAGCUUAUUGGUCUUGUCUUCACUGCUCUGGUCCUCCAAUCAACCUUUGCCGAUGAGUAUGUCACCGACUACAUCUACUGGCAGAAAUCAGACAUCUCAGCUUGGCACCAGUUCUUCCCCAGCAGAGCUCUCCAAGAAGAACUACUCACGCUAGAAGCGGCUCAGGAUGCGUUCAGAGACUUGGCAUCAGGACUUAACGACAGCCUCAGCAAAGUGGUGGCCUUCCAAGCACAGGAGCUGGCUACAGCUCAGCUGCUGAUGGAAGACACGGAAGCACAGGGCUGUGUUAAUGGCAUCUCUGACUACAUGGAGGACGCAAUAGCAACAGAGGUUGACGCUUACAUUGACUGCACUGCCGAUGCUCAAUCCAAGCUAAAUCGACUGCUUACAUCAUGGAGAAAGACCAACGCAACUUACUUUGCUCAAUACAUAAGAACUUUCAAGGGUAUAGACGCUUGUGUCAGAACCUACCCCAACAAGGACUCUAUCAGCCGCCUCAAGUCUUGUAUUGAAUCCAUGUACAGCAACUACCGCACCGUUGCCAACAACACCCAGAACGCCAUGUUCCCGAGUCCCUCGAUGACGUACUUCCAACAGACGGCGGUUCAGUGUGCCACUACUGCUGCAACUAACGUGGCUGCCAAAGGGUGGAAGUUCCUUGAAAUGCUGGUCGAGUGUUCAAAGCUUACUACAACCAUUGAUUCCGAUGCUUAUGCCGCAGAACUGAAUCAAUGGCAAGGCUACAAUGACACUCUGCAAAGUCAAAUCAGCAUCGCACAAGAUAAGAACUACUACCAGGUCUGGGGUGUGGAGAUUGAAAUGCAAGAGUACUACGGGCUACAGAAGCAGGCCUUGGAGCAAUAUGUGAUAGACUCUCGUGGGUUGGACUUCUACCUCAACAUGACGUAUCUCUUUUUGAGUGACUACUACAACACAGUGACAGCCACUGCCUUAGAUAACCCUGGAGACCUAGAGUGCAUUCCCACAGCCAAGGCAGAGUUAGAUACUGUAGCCAACAUCAGUGCAAAUGAAGCGUUAUCUUGCGAUAUCUCAAUAGUCAACAACACGAAGGAACUCAUUAGCGAAAUCGUCAACGACUUCGUCAACCUCAACUACCGUAUGCCUUAUAUUGGAAACGUUGCGCUGCUCGAGUGCUUCUCUAAGGGUUACAUAUUCGCCCCUUCCACCAUAUCAGACUGUUUCAACAUCGUCUACGAUACCUUUGGCCUGUACCACUCUGAUACACACAGUGACAUAGAUAGUAAAGUGGGAGUUCUGCAGGGAUACUCCUCCUUCUACAACGGGUCGAAUCUCCCCUGUGGUGGAUCCUCAGUGAGGAAACUGUGGCUCGGGGGAGACGUCACACUCUACAACCUUCAGCGCUGUCUGUACACCACCUCUGGAACUACGUACUCCGUGACUACUCCUAGCUACGGUACUACAACUGAACUACCCCCUUCAAAUACGACAUACCCACCACCAGGUGUAACCUUUGAACCAUAAAGUCAAUAUGUAAGACCUUGAUUAUGCAUUUCAUGACACAUUUUUUUGUGUUUAUUAUAUAAACAUGUGUUAUUGCAGUA